AUGGGGAUCAAGAACAUCGGAGCAACCAAUGGAACCGCCCAACCGGAGACGCAACACCGUCCUCAACGUCUUUUGCACUCGAACAUAAGCUUGACGGAAACUCGGGGACUGCGCCCACCUGAUGAGUCCCAAGAAGGGCGAAAUCGGUCGUGGGCUGCCGAUGAGUUUUCAGCAACCUUGUAA